UGCUCUCCACUGCACUGGCGCUGUUUACUGGAAGCCCCGCUCCGCGCUGCUUCCACCAAGUGUCUCAACACUGUGAGCGGGAUCUUUUCCAGAGGAGAAGCCGCUGCAACAAAACUUCACCCAGCCAGGCUUCCACAGUCCCACCUCCAGAGGAGCCAGGAGCGCAUCGGCGGCCAGAGACUGAGGCAGAGCGCGCGUCUGCGUCCCCCUGAACCCCUCACAUAGCAGACACUGAAAGCCCCCCCACCACCUCCACCUCCACCUCCACCACUCUUGUCUGUCCCUCUCAGUCACACUGUGUUUUUCUUUCUUUUUCUUUUUGUUUUUUGGUAUUUGGUGCUGCUUUUCCUCGUCUCCUCUUCUGUUUUGUUACUGCCGCUGGCGCACGGGGGACUGAGGUGAAGACGCACGGGAGAGACCAGAAUAGAUGCUCAAUGAGGGACUUGAUGAAUUAGGACUUGAGCCGCAGAUGCAACACCUUGCUUUGCCAUGGAAGAAGUGUGCGUCCGGCGCGGGGGAACGGACUGGCUGAGAGGGGGACCCGCCGCCUGGUAGCCAUGCGUCAGACCCGCACACCCGCACCCGCUCUCUGCGCCGCUCAGGAGUUCCCAUCAGACUGUCUUUCCACAAUCUGACGUUUUUUUCCCCCACUCCAUAUUUCCACCUUACUGACCGACAUUUAUUUCUUUUGCCUGAUUGGCUUCACUGCUUCGCCACAAAGGUGAGGGGAUCAAUGAUGAGCAUCGCUGACACCAGUGGGCUUGGACUUUUCUAAUCUGAACCUUUUUAGUUCCAACACAAAACGUUACCACAGACCAUCAGCACCAGACGCCAUGGCAUGUUCCCUGUGGAAACUACCCACCUUCUGCUGGUUUCUCAUCACAUUAGCCCAAGUGCACUCCACAGAGGGGUUCAGUCGUGCAGCCCUGCCAUUUGGCUUAGUGCGGAGGGAGCUGUCUUGUGAGGGUUACCCCAUUGAUUUGCGCUGUCCAGGAAGUGAUGUCAUAAUGAUUGAAAGCGCCAACUAUGGCCGCACCGACGACAAGAUUUGCGAUGCUGACCCUUUCCAAAUGGAGAACAUCAACUGCUAUCUUCCAGAUGCCUACAAGAUUAUGUCACAAAGAUGCAACAAUCGAACCCAGUGUAUCGUGAUCACGGGUUCAGACGUCUUCCCUGACCCCUGUCCAGGGACCUACAAGUACCUGGAGGUCCAGUAUGAGUGUGUGCCCUACAGUCCAUGCCCAACCAGAAUAGGACCAAGAACACAGAAUGUAUCCUAUCGCAACUGCCCCGAAGUGGAGCAAAAAGUUUUUCUUUGUCCUGGGACUCUGAAAGCUGUUGGUGAUCCUUCAUUUCUCUUUGAAGCGGAGCAACAAGCCGGCGCCUGGUGCAAAGAUCCACUGCAAGCCGGUGACAAAAUCUACUUUAUGCCUUGGACUCCUUAUAGGACAGACACUCUUAUUGAGUAUUCGUCACUGGAUGACUUCCAAAAUGCCAGGCAAACCAUCACCUACAAGUUGCCUCACCGAGUAGAUGGGACUGGAUUUGUGGUCUAUGACGGGGCUGUGUUUUUCAACAAGGAGCGUACCCGCAACAUUGUGAAGUUUGACCUGCGGACUCGAAUCAAAAGUGGUGAGGCGAUCAUCAACAACGCCAACUACCACGACACGUCGCCUUACAAGUGGGGCGGGAAAACAGACAUUGACCUGGCAGUAGACGAGAACGGCCUGUGGGUGAUCUACGCCACGGAGCAGAACAACGGCAUGAUAGUCAUCAGCCAGUUGAACCCCUACACGCUACGCUUCGAGGCUACCUGGGACACGGCCUACGACAAGCGCUCAGCCUCCAACGCCUUCAUGGUCUGUGGAGUACUCUAUGUGGUCCGCUCUACCUACGAAGACAACGAGAGCGAGGUCAGCAAGAGCCUGAUUGAUUACAUUUACAAUACCAAGCAGAACCGGGGGGAAUACGUUGACAUCCACUUUCCCAACCAGUACCAGUACAUUGCAGCUGUGGAUUACAAUCCGCGAGAUAACCAGCUUUAUGUGUGGAAUAAUUUUUACAUCCUGAGAUACAAUCUGGAAUUUGGCCCACCUGAUCCAGCUCAUGCUCCGCCGCUAUCAGAAGUCACCACGUCACCCCAGCCUCUGAGAACGACAACCACCACCACAACAACCACAGUGCACCGGGGUGUGACCAACACUACAGUCACAACAGGGCUCAAGGGGGGGAGCAGGGGAGUGCCCAUUUCACCCAAUGUGACUCCACAGACUACUUCCCCUACGACUACAGAGGCCCUCCCCUUACCUGUGCGCUUCUGCGAGGCCGCGGAGAAAAGAGACAUACUGUGGCCUCAGACCCAGAGGGGCAUGCUUGUGGAGCGACCUUGCCCCAAAGGAACAAGAGGCACAGCGUCUUAUUUAUGUGUCCUUUCUACUGGGGCCUGGCACCCAAAGGGGCCUGAUCUCAGCAACUGCACCUCCCACUGGGUCAACCAAAUAGCCCAGAAGAUCCGCACCGGUGAAAAUGCAGCUAACUUGGCUAAUGAGUUAGCCAAGCACACCAAAGGACCCAUCUUUGCCGGGGACGUCAGCUCCUCUGUGCGCCUCAUGGAGCAGCUGGUGGACAUCCUGGAUGCUCAGCUGCAGGAGCUCAGACCCAGCGAGAAGGAUUCGGCGGGACGGAGCUUCAACAAGCUUCAAAAACGAGAGAGGACAUGCAGGGCGUACAUGAAGGCCAUCGUGGACACAGUUGACAACCUCCUGCGACCGGAAGCUUUAAAGUCCUGGCAUGACAUGAAUAGCACAGAGCAAACGCAUGCAGCCACCAUGUUACUGGAUACGCUGGAGGAGGGAGCCUUUGUCCUCGCCGACAACCUCAUGGAACCUGCCAUCGUCAAAGUUCCAGCAGACAACAUCAUCCUGGAUGUGUAUGUGCUCAGCACGGAUGGACAGGUCCAGGACUUUAAAUUUCCACAAUCCAGCAAAGGCGGCAUUUCUAUCCAGCUCUCAGCCAACACCGUCAAGCUCAACAGUCGUAACGGAGUCGCCAAGCUGGUGUUCGUCCUCUACAAAAACCUCGGCCAGUUCCUGAGCACGGAAAACGCCACCAUCAAGAUGGCCAACGAGGUCUACGGCCGCAACAUGUCCGUGGCUGUCAACUCCGACAUCAUCGCCGCCUCAAUCAACAAAGAAUCCAGCCGCGUAUUCAUUAACGACCCAGUGGUUUUUACCCUGGAGCACAUUGACAUGGAGCACUACUUCAACUCAAAUUGCUCCUUCUGGAACUACUCUGAGCGGAGUAUGAUGGGAUACUGGUCCACCCAAGGCUGCAAACUCUUGGACUCCAAUAAAACACACACCACCUGCUCCUGCAGCCAUCUCACCAACUUUGCCAUCCUGAUGGCGCACCGUGAAAUUUCAGUCAAUGAUCGAGUGCAUGAGCUGCUCCUGACAGUCAUCACUCGUGUGGGGAUCGUCGUGUCCCUCGUCUGCCUCUGCAUUAGCAUCUUCACCUUCUGCUUCUUCAGGGGCCUGCAGAGCGAUCGCAACACCAUUCACAAGAACCUGUGCAUCAAUCUGUUCAUUGCCGAGUUAAUAUUCCUAAUUGGUAUCGAUAUGACAGAACCCAGGAUUGGAUGCGCCAUCAUCGCGGGGAUCCUUCAUUUCUUCUUCCUGGCUUCCUUCUCUUGGAUGUGUCUGGAGGGGGUGCAGCUCUACCUUAUGCUCGUGGAGGUCUUUGAAAGCGAAUACUCCAGGAAAAAGUACUACUACGUGUCUGGAUACCUCUUCCCAGCCAUUGUGGUUGGCGUCUCGGCGGCGAUCGACUACAGGAGCUACGGGACCAAGAAGGCGUGCUGGCUAAGUGUGGAUAAUCAUUUCAUAUGGAGUUUUAUAGGACCUGUCACCUUUAUCAUCAUGCUCAAUCUCAUCUUCCUGGUCAUCACAAUGUACAAAAUGGUGAAGCACUCUACCACCCUGAAACCAGACUCGAGCAGACUGGAGAAUAUAAAUAAUUAUCGCGUUUGUGAUGGCUACUAUAAUACCGAUUUGCCUGGCUAUGAAGAUAAUAAACGGUUUAUCAAGUCCUGGGUCAUGGGGGCCUUCGCGCUGCUGUGUCUACUUGGUCUGACGUGGUCCUUCGGUCUCUUCUUCAUCAACGAGGCUUCGAUCGUCAUGGCGUACCUCUUCACCAUAUUCAACACCUUCCAAGGAAUGUUUAUCUUCAUCUUCCACUGCCUUCUCCAGAAAAAGGUCCGCAAAGAGUACAGCAAGUGCUUCCGCCACACGUACUGCUGCGGCGGGCUGCCGACUGAGAGCUCACAUGGUUCUGCAAAGACUUCCACCACACGGACCAGCGCACGCUACUCCUCUGGUACACAGAGUCGUAUCAGGAGAAUGUGGAAUGACACCGUAAGAAAGCAAUCUGAGUCCUCCUUUAUCUCAGGUGACAUCAACAGCACCUCCACCCUUAACCAAGGAAUGACCGGGAAUUAUCUACUAACAAAUCCUCUUCUUCGACCUCAAGGCACUAACAACCCUUAUAACACCUUACUGGCUGAGACAGUCGUAUGUAACACCCCCACGGCUCCAGUGUUUAACUCGCCAGUGACCUACAGAGAGACAAGGCACUCACUGAAAAAUGCGGUGAGGGAUACAAGUGCAAUGGAUACACUACCGCUAAAUGGUAACUUUAACAAUAGCUACUCGCUCCGCAACGGGGACUUUGGUGACAGUGUGCAGGUAGUAGACUGCGGCCUCAGUCUGGACGAUGCUGCCUUUGAGAAAAUGAUCAUCUCCGAGUUAGUACACAACAACCUGCGUGCCUGUAACAAAAACCACCAACAGCAACAGCAGCAGCACCACAGUUUACAUCAUCCGCCCCACCACCAGCAGCCGCCGCAGUACCACCAUCACCACCACACGGAGCGGGCUCCGCCAAAGGUGACAGUGGUGGGCGGCGGCGGCAGCGAAGACGACACUAUUGUCGCCGACGCUUCGUCUUUGGUCCACAUGGGUGACACGGUGGGCCUCCAGCUGCACCAUCAGCGAGAGCUAGAGGCACCGCUCAUCCCCCAGCGGACUCACUCUCUUCUUUAUGCACCCCAGAAGAAGGUGAGGACCGAUGGGGGAGUGGAUACCUUUGUCAACCAGCUGACACCCACCAACCCUGACGACGGUCUGCAGUCCCCAAACAGAGACUCAUUGUACACUAGUAUGCCUAACCUGAGGGACUCUCCGCUCCCUGAGAGCAGCCCCGAUGUAGUGGAGGACCUGUCCCCCUCCAAGAGGAGCGACAAUGAGGACGUUUACUACAAGAGCAUGCCUAACUUAGGGGCUGGCCACCAGCUCCAAGCCUAUUACCAGAUAGGCCGAGGAAACAGUGAUGGUUACAUCAUUCCCAUAACUAAAGAGGACUGCAUCCCCGAAGGCGAUGUACGGGAAGGACAGAUGCAAUUAGUGACAAGCCUUUAAAUGUGUUUCAAUCACCCCCAAACCUCUCUCUGUCUCUUUUGCAGCCCUGACCUCUCGGAGGAAACACUAGUCAAGGGAUGGGAGCAUUUGUUUUAUUUUUGAAGACAGCCCCACCGAACACACCUUUUACAGCGCUCCCGUCCCCCUUCUGCAUCGCCAUCUCCUUUACCCAAACAUGCCACUCUUCCUACCUUCCCUGCAGACCGACAGACUUGGUGCACAGCGAUGGCAGUGCAAAGUUUUAAUAAGACUGUACAUAAAAUGCAGAGUCGAUUUGAAUUUAAAGAGACAAGCCAACUAUGUAUUUAAAUGUGCUGCUGCUGUUGAAUAAAUGAGAAAAUUUUAAGGUACGAAAGUAAUAAAAAAAAAAAAAAAAGGAAAAAAAAAAAAAUUACUGGCUACAUCAAAUCAGCAAUUUCCCGGUCAAAACGUUGUACAUACACCCGCCAACAUCCUCUUUUAAGCCUGUUUUUUUAUUGUAAACAAACACCCCCUGGACCAGGACAUGGACUCUGUUUGUAAAAUGUUCCUGAUCAGACUGUUAGAAAAGGAAUAUAAGGUCCUGGUCGCCCAGAGUCACUCUCCAUCAUCAUGAAGUUUGGAUUGUAUAACCACUAGCAAUCAAGCCCCUGGCCUUAUAUUUUCUCAACUGUACAUUGAACUGUUGUCAAGGAAAUGGCUAAAAUAUAUAUUUUGUUGUAUUGCUAGUGUAAAAUAUCGACUCAUGGGAAACAUUAAAUAUGAAGAAACAUUUUAUUUGCAAAAUUUAACAUUUGAGAGACUAUUGUGUAGAAGGUGCACAUAUGUUAUAAAGUGUGUUUAUGGUUCCAACACUUCAUUCAUGGUAGUACAUUUGAAAGUAAAGGCUUAAAGUAAGGAUGGUUCGACAAAUAGCAGAUGCAUUAUCACUUUUUUCCACUUGUGAACAGUGUUUUUUGCUCAACAAUUUCCAUGGAUACCACCCAUUGAAAACUGUUUAUUUGAUUUUGCCACAGUGGCAUUACUUUAGCAAAAUGGGAAUGGGGAAAACCCAAUUAUAAAGUGAUUUAUGCAUUGCACAGUUUCUUGUGUUAUUCUGAAUGAAACAGAUCUUCUCGACAGUCGUGGGCAGAGUGAAAACGGGCAAGUGCAUCCGAGAUGAAACUAACUUUUGACAAUAAAGUUUCUUUCAUAAAUGUAGUUCUUCCGCCUGGGUUUGAACAUUUUAUUUAUUAAAAUCUUUCCAAAAAAUAAUUGGAAAAUGUGUGAAUAUUUUCCAGCACUGGUAUACAUGCUGUACUGUAGCUCAUGUUUUUUAUGUAAACAUGUUACCAAGGGGCUCAUCACUUAAGACUGAUGUAAAGUUCAACACUUGCUUAACAAAUAAAAUAAAUGUGAGAUUUUUUGUCAACUGCCAGUUGCUUUUUAAUGUUUUUGAGUUUUUGGUACUAUGAAACAGGUUGAAUUAUUUUGCUAUAUGGACAAAAUACACUUUUGACUCAGGUUAUAAGUAAGUCCCGAGCACCUUGAAAGAUAAGUUGGUGAAUUUGUAUUCUGGGGGAUUUAUUUUUGCUUUUUUAAUUUUGUUUGUUUUGUUUUGCUUUUUCUUCAAUCGCUGCAAAGUAGAGAGCUCAUUUCACCAUAUGUGUUAGAGAAGCCAAAUUUUUUCCAUGUGAUUCAAAGAUGAGAAACUCAGGUAGGAAAAUUGCAUUGUAAAUGUUCCUCUGUGUGGUUGUAACACUAAUAAAGGUUCAAAAAUGACACUGGUU